GCUCUGAUGUCCGGUGGGCUGUGUGUGCCGAGUGUGCAGGAUUCCAGAGGCUCCAUUAUGCCAGAGAAAUGCAGGAAAACAAAAAGAAUCAUUGUUGCGUUCGCUGCACUGGGUUUUAUGUUGCGGCCGGGUUGCACGUCUUUAUCGCGUGUCAAAAAUUGGCUACCUGUUUAGCACAUAUGGGUCGCAUUAGACACGGCUUGACAGGCUGUUUCUUUUUUAACAGGAGACGUGUACUUUCCCCAAACGUAUUUCAGUGCACAGUGAUUAUUUUCUUUGCACAGUGAUUCUCUAAUUCCAUUCUUUUGCUGAGUUUUGGGAUCAAGGGAAGACGUCCAAGUGUCAAAGUGAGCCAUCAGCACAUCAAGAAGGACCACACCAAGGAACAAUUCCAAUAUGAACCGGGCAUUCAACAGGAAAAAAGAUAAAUCAUGGAUGCACACUCCGGAGGCUCUGGCCAAGCAUUACAUCCCCUACAAUGCCAAGUUUCUGGGAAACACCGAGGUUGAGGCGCCCAAAGGCACUGAAGUUGUGAAGGAUGCGGUGAGAAAGCUGAAGUUUCAAAGGCACAUCAAGAAGUCAGAGGGACAGAAGAUUCCCAAAGUGGAAUUACAGAUCUCCAUUUAUGGAGUGAAGAUACUCGACCCAAAGACAAAAGACGUGCAGUAUAACUGCCAGUUGCACAGGAUAUCCUUCUGUGCGGACGACAAGACGGACAAAAGGAUAUUCACGUUCAUCUGCAAGGACUCUGAGUCCAACAAGCACUUGUGCUAUGUGUUUGACAGCGAGAAAUGUGCAGAAGAGAUAACUCUCACCAUCGGCCAGGCCUUCGACCUGGCCUACAAGAAGUUCCUGGAGUCUGGCGGAAAAGACGUGGAAACACGGAAACAGAUCGGAACCCUGCAGAAGAGGAUUCAAGAGCUGGAAUCUGAGAACUCUGAGCUGAAGAAACAACUGCUAGACCUUGAGGACCAGCUGAUGAUCGCUCACGUACCUCCACUGCUGCACAUUAACUCCUCUAACGAGGCCUAUAUGCUCCAGAGGCCCUCCUCUCUCUUCUGGUGUCAAAACUUCCAGUCGCUUUCCUGCCUGGAGAUCUCCUCCAUCACGCUCACCCCCAUGAGCUCGCCCGAGUCCAACUUCUCCACGGGUCUACUAACUCCUCCCCCCUCCAAACCCGCCCUGCCGCCUGCUAAGAGCAGCGAGGGCUUCAGCAUCCCGCGACCUCGCGCAGGAAGUGGCUCCAUGAAGCCCCUGUCGACGGAUGUCUUCGACAUGGUUCCCUUCUCCCCCGUGACGCCUCUGGUCCCCCUGCCGCCCAGCAACGGAUGCCCGCCCCCACCCCCUGCAACACUACCACCGGAUUAUAGGAAGGACCUGUUUGGCGCGGAGCCUUUCGAUCCCUUUACCUGCGGCUCUGCUGAUUUCCCCCCGGAUAUUCAGUCCAAGCUGGACGAGAUGCAGGAGGGGUUCAAAAUGGGACUAACACUAGAGGGCGCUGUGUUUUCUCUGGACCCACUGGAUAGCCGUUGCUGAUGAAGCCACGAAGGAAGAUACUUGUCGUUAUUCCCAUCAUUUUAAACUCAUUUGUACGAAGAAGAAGAAGAAGACGAAGAAGUGCCAAAUCCUUUCAACACCGUCCAGUCAAGAUGUCACACUUUUUCCGUCUUGGAGUUUCUAUGUAUUUGCAUUACUAGAUUUGGGUUUUUCCGAUAUUUCAAGGAAGUUUCCGAUAUGUUAUAGAAAUAUUUUUGUAAAGAAACGCUUGUGGGAUGAGAAGGUUUGAGGACCCCUUGCGUACCCACAGACGAUGCAGGUUGUAAAUAAAAAGAGUAUAUCUCAUUUUAAUAUGGUACAAGUUCUGUGUAGACUCUCCCAUUGGAUAUAAAUGUGCAGCAGCGUUUUUGGUUUUGCAUUGACACGUUCCUGUUUGUAUGCCCGAGACAUUCAUUUAAGACAAGUAAAUGUAGUCGUCUCUGUGACAUGUAUAAUGCCAAAUGUUCCGCUUGUCAUUGUUUAUACACGACUUGCACCUUUUGUUUUUGUACUUUUUACACCAGUUGUACUUCAAUGUAACACGCUUAAUUCUUGUCAAUUUAUCAUUUGUAUAAUUUCACUUAGUUUCAAUCAGUAGUAAAAAAUAAUGUUUUUAAUGUUUUUUAUGUUUUGAUGUCCUUUUAACCCACUACAUUGCCAUUCCAGUAUUUUAUUUCAUGGUUUAUCAUUAACUCACUAACUUUGUUGUUAGCAUCAUCUCUUGCACCGGAAAGCACUUUUAAAUACCUUUGUCCAUAUAGUAGCAUACUAUUGACAUUAUUUUACAUUUUAUGCAGAAUGACUUUGUCGUUACGAUUAUUAAAGAAAGUCUUACCAGAUUAGAUCGCUUGAUUCAUACUUCUAAUAUUGGUAUUUCUUUAUUAUCCGUAAGGAUGUUGUGAGGUAAAGGGUCCAACUUGAACUGAGUUCAAUAUUUAAUUUGAUAGCCUGCUUAUUAAUUCGGAGAUUAAUUCGGCGGUGCAACAGGUGUGAUAUUUGUGAUCAUCUGUGAUCAUCGUGGUCCCAAACUGAGAAUACGUUCUUGUACUUUGAAUCAGACAACUCAGCCCGUGACCAAAUAUUAUUUUCAAUAAGGAGCAUGCAGAGAUUUUCAAAUAUUUGAAGAAUUUAUUUCUGAGGAAGGUCCCCCUCCUUCUCCCCCUCACCCACCCCCCCCCCCACCUCUUUUGCUGGUGGGUUAGAAGGCUCAUGAAGGAAAUAUGAUCAUGUUCAAAGUUCAUGUUCAUGAUCAUAUUCAUGUUCUUUUUAAGAUUCAGAAAUAAAUAGCAUUGAACCCAGUCGUACUGCCUCAAACAAAAAGAGGUGCUCCACACAAUAGCAGAAUACAUAAUACAUGCAGGGAGGGGACAAAAAGCUUAGUCACCCUGACUUUAAAUACAAAACUAGUUCAGAUGCAGAAACGCAACUAAUUUCCCUAUGCCAUCAAUACGUCCACAGAAAAUAUCACCGCAAUCGGGAAGAAAGAGAAGCUUGUGGAUUUACCUAUUAAACUUAGAUUAAUAUGACAAAGCGUUGUGGGGAUAAACAAGCAUUGUUUUUAAUUUGUUGCAUAGCAAGCAGUACAUGAAGCAAACAAGCACUCCACCUUUUAUAAAAGGACUUCAAGGGCAUAUAAAAAGAUACUAAAAAGGGGGGAAAUUGACAUGCAUAAAGGAGAAAUCUGUGCAAAGUAAUUGAAAUAGUAAAGAGGGGUGGGGGGGUAUAUAUAUAUAUAUAUGUUUAUAUAAAUCAUCACCAUUCAGACAACUCCAAUUACACCUCUCCAUCAUCGACAGAAAGGACUUUUAUUUGGCAACCCCAAUCCCUUCCCGUCUGCCUGUGCUGGAAUAAAAGUGCACAAGGCUCACUACUACUUACAAAACAGCACCUGUGGGGGGAAAAGUAUGAUUUACAAGCCAUCUCAUCGCAUCCCGGUUUCUGGAGACGAGGUAGCUACGACUGAGGAAUGAACAGUCUCAAUGGAUCUUUAAUGUUCUAUGGUCAGCACAGAGACACAAUAAACUGGAUACAAAAAUGAGGCUUUCUUUAUCAAAAACCGUCUCAAGGAGAAAUACAGACGUGCUAUAUUUAUUGUCCUUGAUUAGCACCAACAUUUUCAUUUUGUAUUCAAAAUGUGCUAUUAAAAUAAAAUAAAAUAAUACAUAAAUCUAUCAAACCUAUAAGCAGUUCAUAGUGGUUGGCAAGAAAAUCAAUCACUGGCAUGGGACGAUGUCGUCAAGCCACCAACAGCAGUACAAACUAACAAGGAAGAAAGCAGUUGGUUUUCAGCUAAACAGUAUUUAGCUCAGUAAACACAUGCCAUUAGUGGAUAACAUCUUUUAAACCAAGUAGGAUUACAAGGGUGCGUCCUAA